CGCGGGGGCCCGUCGUGAACGCACGUGUCGAACGUUCCAUUUCAAAUUUGAAUAAAAAAAUAACAAAAACGAAUCAAUUCCACAAACUUUUGUUUUAUGAAUGAAGUGUUUUUCUAUAACGGUUAUGUAAAGCAUUGUUCCGUUCGCAGGUGCACCAUUGUUCAGUGUAAGAGGUAUUAAGUUAAGUGUUUUCGUUGAGUGAAAUCUAGUAAAGCAGAAUGUCCACCCUGCUGUUCUGGCAGGGCAAGGGGAAGGCGAACGGGGCACCAAACGGCAGGAAUUGGAUACAUGCCCCCGACGCGCUCGUGAAGGGCCAUGUCGCGUAUUUGGUUAAGUUCCUCGGCUGCACACAAGUUGAUCAACCAAAAGGCAUCGAGGUAGUGAAAGAUGCGAUUAAGAAACUGCAGUUCACACAACAAUUGAAGAAGUCAGAAACCAAGGAUGCUGCUAAAUGCAAGAAGGUCGAAAUCACCGUGUCUGUUGACGGUGUGGCUAUACAGGAGCCGCGGUCAAACAACGUGUUAUACCAGUUCCCAUUGCACAGGAUAUCCUACUGUGCUGAUGAUAAGGGCGCUAAGAAAUACUUCUCUUUUAUUGCUAAGGGUGGCAGUACAGUGAACGGUAUGAACGGCCAUGACAGUGGUAACAUGGAGAAACACGAAUGUUUCGUGUUCAUAUCAACCAAAUUGGCCUCAGAGAUCACGUUGACUAUUGGACAGGCGUUUGAUCUUGCAUAUAGGCGGUUCCUGAACGACAACGGCAAAUACAUUGAGCUACAGAAACUAACCCUGCAGAACAAGAAACUCGAAUUACAAAUGAACGCGUACAAAAAUCGGCUGCAGGAACUCUCCCGUAUAACAUACAAGGACGAUCUCUCAGCAUAUCUAUCCCGGAACAAUAUAACCGACAUUACCGAAUACAAGCCGCCGCCAGAAUUAGAGAAACAGAUCUCCUCUCUCACUCUAGCGAACGGCUUCGCUAUGAACGGGAAUAAGACGCCUGAUAAUGGAAUGGACGCAAUGUCCAACAACUCAACAGACACGUACAAUUCGAGUAACGAUAACAAUUUGUUGUUGUCGACGCCUCCACCAACGCACAAUAAUAGAACUGGAAAACUCCUGGGUGACUUGUCCACGAACAAGAACCCAGCGGUAGGCACCAAACUAGAGGGAUUGCUGAUGAACUCAGAUUCUGAUAGCGAAUUCGAUCCAAGAGCGUUCGAGUCGGAGCCUGUGAGUCGCUUCAACUCUUCAGUUGAUAGUCCUUCAACACCAGCACCUCCGCUAUUGGCCCCCCCACCAAAAGCAUCGAAACGUCAGAACCAACCAACACAAAAUGUGAACGGGAACGAUUUAUUCGGUUCAACUCCAUUCUCGGUCCCGAGUCAAAUACAAACGAAUCAGUCAUUCCCGAACCAAUCUGUCAAACCGAACUAUGACAUACGAGAUUUUAACCUACAAACAUCUGUUUUUAAUUCAAACACGUCGUUUACAAAUGGUUUGAGCGGUUAUGAUCCGUUUGAAACGAAGGGAAACAUAUUUGGAAAUGGAUUUGGGAAUAAUUUCAAUGGUUUCGGCAAUUUGAGCGAAAAACCUGCGGUCGAGUUGGAUAGCAGCUUCAAUGGGUUCUUGGAUAAAACUAUUUCGGAGAUGAAGGACGGAUUCAGCAGAGGGAUCAGCUUUGGAAACGACGAUUUUUCAAUAGACAACCUCGAUCCCAUCAAGAAAAACUAAAAUUAAAUAAAUAAUAUAGUUAAAAUUAUUAAAACAUCCUUGUAACAAUUCACACAAAAUAGUUUAAUGCAAUAAUAUAAGACAUUAUGAAUUAUCGAAGUAGUUGUAAGUAUUGUGUAGAUUGUGACGACGAUAUUAAAUGUUGCCAUGUUAUUGGUUACAAAUUUUCCGUGAUAAUAGGUAAUUUUUUCGAAACGUAGAAAAUAUAAUAAAAUUGUAUUCCUAGAAUCUCUAACCAGUAAUGUGUUGAACGCUAUUUAUAAAUAGAUGGAUUAUGAAUACAAAGCGCGCAAACAUUCCAACGUGCCUUAAGACAAUAAUAUCUUUAUCUCUCCAGUAGGUUUUUAAGUAAAAAUGUAUUUUGGUAGAUUAUUGUUAUUUAGGGACCAAAAUUUUUAACCAUUGAGGAUUUGAAGUUCGUCGUAACAUUCUGUGAUAAUUCUUUGCAAGUUGAGGAACUUCAAGUCAAUUUACUAACGUUUAUAUACAAUAUGGAAUAAACUCCUAUUUUUUAUAUUAUAUUAUGGAGUUAAUCGGAAUUUCUACAAAAAAAAUUGUCAUUUAAGCUCUGGCUGCAAGUACAUGACAACGAUACCAAAAAAAAACAAAAUUAACAAACAUUAUUUUUACUAAUAUUGACUUUGUGUCCUGAUAUUUUUUCCUAUAUUAUUUAAAUUAUUAAGCUAAGAAUAUCGUGAAAAAAACGUUGUCAUAAAAAAAACUUGUAAAUAAACUGUCAUUUUUUGAUGACAUUGCAGCCUCUUUCGUUCAUUCGUUCAUUCAUCGAUCUAUGCUUUUUUAAAUGUUUUUAAACAAUGAUAUUAUUUGUAUAUUGGUUUUUAACUGUUGUAUCCCUGUCACAAUAGUUAAUUAUUAUAGUAUUGUACACUAAUUUCGUAUUAAGGCCAAAAGAUAUACAUAAAUGUGUAUUUUGGAUAAUAAAAUUUAUGUUUAUA